AUGGACACCAAAGACCUCACUCAAAAGGCAACCGAGUACGCGUCCCAACACAUAGACCUCUACGCCCUCAUCGCCCUCGACCCGGCGACGACAGACGCGAAGCAGAUCCACCGCGCGUGGCGCAAGUCGUCGCUCCUCCACCACCCCGACAAGGCCGGCGACGCCUUUGACCCGGAAAAGUGGGCGCUGCUCGAGUCGGCGCGCGAUGUGCUCCUCGACGCGACGGCGCGCGGCGCCUACGACCGCGGGCGCGAGGCGCAGGCGCUGCGGGCCGCCGAGAGGGCGCAGGUGCAGGGUGCGCGGCGGCCGAGGGGCGAGGCCAAGAGGCGCAGGGACGAGCAGGAGGAGAAGAGGAGGGAGCUCGAGCGGGAGAAGGCGCGCAUGGGGGAGGAGCUGCGGAGGCGGCGGGCGGAGGAGGAUGAGCGGUUCCGGCGCGAGGCCGAGGAGAAGAGGAACCGCGAGGAGGACGAGGGCGAUGAGAGGAUACAGGAGCUGCAGCGGAGGCUUGAGGAGACGAGGAGACGCAAGGCCGAGAAGAAGGCGCGGAAGAGGGGCGAGCUGCCGCCGGAGACGGAGUCCAAAGACGCUCCCAAGACAAACGGCGGCGAGGGCAAGGCGCCCAAGUGGGAGGACCUCAAGGCAAGGAUGAUCGCGGUGCAGAAGAAGCGGGAUGCUGCCAAGCUCGCGGCGGCGCAAGAGACGGCGGCAGGCACUGCGGAGGAGGACGACACAACGGCAUAG